AUGUCGAAUUCAAUUUUACUUACAUUUUUGCAUAAUAAUGAAGGCGAUCUCUGCCCUUUUUCAGAAAGUCAAUAUCGAAUUCGUGUAUUAAGCGCGUCGUACUCGCAAAAACAAGCAUUAGUAGUUUGGUUGUUGAAGGAAGUGCCUAAAACAACAAAUUAUUUAUUUAUUCAAGCUCAUAUUAAUGUAUCGACAUUUGUGGAGUUCAUUUACAAUAUGAAUGUUUUAGUAAAUGCGAUUAUGAUUUCACUAACUAGGAAACUUUCCAUGCCCAUUGAUAGACUAAACGAUCAUCUUAACACAAUUUUGCUAGCAUCAAAUCAACAAGGAAUAGAUCGCAUACUUUUCCCAUCCUUGGAUAUUUCAUCUUAUGCGAAUGGAAGUAAAGUAAAUGAAAAAAGAGAAUUGACUUCAAAUGCUAACAACUCUACAAUCGCUUUUGCUGUUGCUGAUAUUAUGUUUAUCGACUUACUCGCUUCUAUUUUGCCUUCGAUUUGA